AAGAGGAUGCUGUAUAAAAUGUUCCCAGCUGAGUUGGAAGGCUGCGAGUAUUUGAGUAGUUCUGGUUAUUUUGGUAAGAAAAUCUAAAGCAUGGCAAGGCUGUGGGAUGUAAUGCAGCACAGCAGCAUUUACUUUCUUCUUGAAUGGAGCUGGCCAAAGCAAAGAAAUGAACAAUUAUGCAGAUAGGUUGUUUUGGAGGAGUGAAGGAAUCAGGUACCUAAUCAGGUAUCAUACACAGUAAGAUGCCUCUUCAACAGAUCUCUGUAGUUCCAGCAAGGGAAACGGCUAGCAAUGGGAGAAGUUCAAGCAGAAACAAAGAGAAAAACAAGGAUAUAGAGAAUGACAAAUUGCCAGCGCGCUCAGAAAGCCGAUCCAGUAACAUCUCCAAGGCAAGCAGUCCUACAUCAGGAACAGCUCCUAGAAGUCAAUCACGGACAUCUGUUACACCUUCUACUCAGGAUAUCUGCAGGCCUGACACUCUUCCUGGGGUUCAAGACUAUGAGUGUGAGCAGUACACCCCUGUUACGGUGCUGACAAAUACAAGUAGGGAUACUGGUAAGAAACGGGUCAAACAAAGGCUUAGGAGGAAGAAGGAGACCUGUCAGAACUGUGAAUGCAUUGAGGCCCAAAAGGAACGCAGCGAGAAGGUCUCCAAGUCACGCAGAGAAUACCACAGACAAAGAGUGAAUGUGUUCCACCAUGAUCCUGACACAUCUUCAGAUGAGGACCAGUGUAGGCAGGCAAGAAGCUGGAGUAGGGAGAGAGCCAAAGCCCCAAAGAAAAUCAGAAGACACAACCAGUUUAACAAACAUCAGGAUAGAGUUCAAGACCGCAGUGCUAUAGAGAUGGUCUUGCUGGGUUCCGAAGAGAACAAUUUAGCUCCGUAUUUGGAAAAGCAGACUAUGAAGAUCCAUAGGAGGAGAACUUCUGAGAAGGAAACAAGCCACUCAAUUUCUUCUCAGUCUUCUCAGGAGACCCAAGGGCAUUUAGAGCAGAAACAAAUGAAUGUCAAGGGCAAUACUAAAUCAGAUAAGCAUCCAGACGCAUCACUUUUGCCAGAAGAAGAUGAAGUCCUCAAUAAAACCUCUGGCACAGAUUCGGGGGGUGAAACCCUUGCUGUGCCUGAGAACAACCAUCCUAUUUGCUAUAGCACCUUCCAGAAUGGUGAAGCCCAUCGUCCACCAGUAGUUGGUGACUGGAACAAUGAUUUAGAAGAAGCUUGCAGGAUCUGUCACUGCGAGGGAGACAAUGAGAGCCCCCUUAUCACACCAUGCCACUGUACAGGGACCCUGCACUUUGUGCACCAGGCCUGCCUGCACCAGUGGAUCAAGAGCUCAGACACCCGCUGCUGUGAGCUGUGCAAAUACGACUUCAUAAUGGAGACAAAGCUCAAACCAUUACGCAAGUGGGAGAAACUUCAGAUGACAUCAAGUGAGAAAAGAAAGAUUCUGUGUUCAGUCACAUUCCACAUCAUUGCCAUUUCUUGUGUCGUCUGGUCCCUUUAUGUGCUGAUUGAUCGAACAGCUGAAGAGAUCAAGCAAGGGAAGGAAAAUGGUAUCCUUGAGUGGCCAUUUUGGACCAAGCUGGUUGUUGUAGCCAUUGGAUUUACAGGAGGCCUUGUCUUUAUGUACGUUCAGUGCAAAGUCUAUGUUCAACUAUGGCGGAGGCUUAAAGCAUACAAUCGGGUCAUCUUUGUUCAGAACUGCCCGGACACUUCUAAAAAGACUGAGGAAAAGAUCUCGUCCAGCAAGCAGAGUAAUGGGAAUACAGACUCUGUGACAGUACCAGUGUCACAAACAGAAUCAAACACUCAGCGACCAGAUGGGGGUGCUGUACCUGAAGUUGCACCUGUCUGACAAUAUUGAAUUUUUUUUCAUUUUUUCUUUUGUGGGUGAGAACUACCUAUGGUUUUGUGGGACACCAUCUCCCACAAACACUACAAAGCAGUGAUGGUGAUAUUGUAACUGUUUAAACGCUGGACCAUUUGAACAAGGAUAUGAUUGGUAAAAAAUGCUACAAAAAUGUUUAUACCCUGAAGAAUAUGAAGUCUGGUAGUUUACACUGGUUGGGAAGUGCAGUGAUAAAUGUACUAGGUCUUAGAUCAGAGCACUUUUAAGAAGACGUUUAGGAUAGUAUUAAUCAUUAUUAUGUUUCAUGUGCAGUUUGUGGUAAGUUAUAGUGGCAGAUUUUUCAAAUAGUUAUUGAUCCUUUCAAGAAAUAUAUCCCUGUAUUGACAAGCAAACUCAUUAAUUGCUUUAAAAUUGCCUGCCUGUUACUUGAAAGGCUACACAAUAAGAGGUACACCCCACUACAAUACUCACCUUUCAAUGGCUUUUGGGGUAUUUGAGAACACAAGAUCCCUCAAAAUAUACUUAAGAAUAUGCAGUAAAAAUAGGAUAUUACUUUUUCUUUUUUUUAAUAUUCAGUUUUAUUACAGAAAGGAGACUAGACAUUUAGGACAGUAUUAAUCAUUAUUAUGUUUCGUGUGCACUUUGUGGUAAGUUAUAGUGGCAGAUUUUUCAAAUAGUUAUUGAGCCUUUCAAGAAAUAUAGCCCUGUAUUGACAAGCAAACUCAUUAAUUGCUUUAAAAUUGACUGCCUGUUACUUGAAAGACUACACAAUAAAAGGUACACCCCACUACAAUACUCACCUUUCAAUGGCUUUUGGGGUAUUUGAGGACACAAGAUCCCUCAAAAUAUACUUAAGAAUAUGAGGUAAAAAUAGGAUAUUACCUUUUCUUUUUUUUUAAUAUUCAGUUUUAUUACAGAAAGGAGACUAGAAAACUUUGCAAGACUUUUCUGUAAUUAUUUCAGACAUUCCAGUGGUGAUUUGGGCUACAUGAAAUCCAACCAAGAGAUACUAAAACAUUACCAUUAUGAAUGAUGUUAGGACAUUGAAGAUACAGAAACCAAGGACCCAGCCUAUAUAUAAUAUAUGUUUGUGGUUACUAUAAUGUUAUUUUCUUAACAAUAAUCAGAUGACAUGUUAUGGACCAUGGCUGUGAAGUCUUAAUAAAACAAUCAC